AUGAGAGUAUCCACCACAUUAGGUAGCAUUGCUGCAAUAGUAGCCACAACUCAGGCGGCUCCUCUUAUUUUAACUCAAUACGUUACUGCAUCCAUAACAACUACUCUGUGGGUCACCGUAUAUCUGGCCGUUACCUUUACAGCCUCCACUUAUAUAACAAGAUAUGGUCCUCCACCUGUAGCAACAACAACAAAUAGUUUCACAAGUUCAACAAGUUCCACAACCCCAACUACAACAUCCUCUUCUUCCCCAGUAUCCACAUCUUCUGUGUCAACUGAAAGUACAAGCUCUUCAUUAACUACACCCACCUCCACUGCCCCUACCACCUCAUCCAGUUCGCAAGCAAGCUCAUCAUCUUCAACACCAACUACCUCCUCCACCCCAUCCACAACUACCACCUCCACCUCCACUCCAUCCACAACAACCACUUCCACCUCCACCCCACCCACAACUAUCACUUCCACCACCACCUCCACCUCCACCUCCACCCCAACCAGAUCCACCAGAUCCACCUCAUCCACCAGAUCCACCACAUUCACCACAUCCACCACAUCCACCACAUCCACCUCAUCCACCUCAUCCACCUCAUCCACCAGCUCCGCUUUAUCUACCCCAGUACCUUCAGAUACUGAAUUUUAUGACGAAAUAUUAAACGAACAUAACCGUUUAAGAGCCCUCCAUGGUGUAGGCAAUUUAACAUGGGACUCUGCAUUAGUCGAAUACGCCGCCACCUACGCAGCCAGUAAUUUCGACUGUAAUAAUGUUGAGUUGGUACAUUCCAAUGGUCCAUACGGUGAAAACUUGGCAGCUGGUUAUGUUGGUGGUAUUACUCCAACAGAUGCUUGGUACGAUGAAAUCAAGGACUACGAUUUUAGUAAACCAGGCUACUCUCCUGCAACCGGUCACUUCACCCAAGUUGUUUGGAAAUCAACAACCAAAGUCGGCUGUUCCAGAGUCAUGUGCAAUAAUAUCUGGAGGCAGUACACUAUAUGUGAAUAUUCCGACACCAGAGGUAAUAUUAAUGGUAUUGAUUCUGAGACUGGAAAAGAUCUCUUUGAGGUAAACGUCCUUCCACCAUUAAAUUCCUAA